AUGAAUAUGGGUAGUAGGUCAUUAUCUUUAAUGACUUCCGUUUCAAAGAGUCAAUCUUCCGUUUUACAAAGAACUUUGAUCUCUUCCAUUGUCAAACAACAACGUUGUCUUUCAACUAUCAAGAAUACUUCCAAAUUCACAUCAUCUAAUUUCAAAACUUUAUAUACUGAUACUAGUACUAAUAGACAUUUCCACAGAAUUGUUCCUCUUUUACAACAGCAAUCUUCUACCCCUUCAAAACCAAAGUCUAAAUUACGUUCCUUUGGUAAGUUUGUCUCAAGAUUCGCUUUAUAUUCGGCUUUGACUAUCGCCAGUUAUUUUUCCUAUAGUUUAUAUAAGGAAUUGCAUCCAAAUGAACAAGAACCACAAUCCCCAACCUUUGCUGAUGGUUCUCCCCGUAAGACUUUGGUUAUUUUAGGUACCGGUUGGGGUGCCGUCUCUCUUUUGCAAGAAUUAGACACUUCCUUAUAUAACGUUGUCAUAGUAUCCCCAAGAAACUACUUCCUUUUCACACCAUUGUUACCUUCUACCCCAGUCGGCACUGUCAAUUUGAAAUCUAUCGUUGAACCUAUUAGAUCCAUCACUAGAAGGUCUAAGGGUGAGGUCAUCUAUUAUGAAGCCUAUGCUACUGAUGUCGAUCUAGCUAAUAAGACCUUGACUAUCAAACCUGUAUCUUCUGACUUCCAAAAUAAACGCUGUCCAGCCGAACAAACUUUAAAAACUUUAAAAUAUGAUUAUCUGGUUAUGAGUAUCGGUGCUACCUCCACUACAUUCAAUAUCCCAGGUGUUACCGAAAAUGCUAUCUUUAUGAAAGAAGUCUCAGAUUCUGAAAGAGCUAGAGCUAAGAUCAUGAAUACCAUUGAAAAGGCCUCAUUUUUACCCCGUGGUGAUCCGGAGAGAGCUAAAUUACUAAACUUCUUGGUCGUCGGUGGUGGUCCAACUGGUGUCGAAUUUGUCGCUGAGUUGCAAGAUUUUAUCAAACAAGAUUUGACAAAGACUAUGCCGGAAAUUGCCCAAGAUAUCAAAGUUUCUUUAAUUGAGGGCUUGCCAAAUAUCUUAAACAUGUUUGAUAAGAAAUUGAUCGACUACACUCAAAAAUUCUUAAUUAAUGAAGAUGUUGACCUAAAAUUAAACACUUUGGUUAAACGCGUCACCCCAGAUGCUGUUUAUGCAUCCUGUAAAGGUGAAGAAGUCGAAUAUCCAUAUGGUGUGCUAAUCUGGUCUACUGGUAUUAAGCCACAGAAACUGACCAUGGAUAUCAUGAAAAAAUUAGAUGUACAAACCGAUAGACGUGGUUUGUUGAUCGAUGACAAGUUAAGAUUGUUAGGUGCCGAAGAUUCCGUAUUUGGUAUUGGUGACUGUACUUUCCAUCCAGGUUGGGUUCCUACUGCUCAAGUAGCUCAUCAAGAAGGUGAAUAUUUGGCAAAAUAUUUGAAGAAAUUACAUGAGAUCGAUCAGUUGAAAUGGAAGAUGGAACAACCGGGUUGUCCUGACAAGGAAUCGUUAAAAACUAAGAUCGAAAAGAUUGAAUCCAACCUAGUCGAUUUCCAAUACCAUCAUAAGGGUACUUUGGCAUAUAUUGGUGAUGACAAAGCCAUUAUCGAUUUAAGUAUUGCUGGUUCCAAAUACAGGUUAUCAGGUGGUAAUUUUGUUUUCUGGUUCUGGAGAUCUGUCUACUUAUCCAUGUGUAUUUCCUUAAGAAAUAGAGUCCUUGUUACUGCUGAUUGGAUUAGAACUUCCGUCUUUGGUAGAGACUCUUCUGUCUGA